AUGCCGAGCAGCGGCGAAACCAACAACACGGCCGAGUACACCGCGCUGCUGCUCGGCACACGGGCUGCCGCCGACCACGGUGUCACGCGCCUACGGAUCGAGGGUGACAGCACUCUUGUCAUCCAGCAGGCGGAGCUGGCGCGGAUGGAGCAGGCCACGCUCCAUCCCAUCGACAGGCAGGCGAAUGGUCAUGCCGACCGCCUCGCCAAUGCCGCUCUUGACCGCCGCACGACCACGUUGGAGUGUGGGGUGCAUACCGAUGGACAUGGAUGCACCUCCACCUCCACGACGGCCCCUGCACCCGCGGCUGCACCUCCGCCUGCCACACCGCAUGUCGCGGUGGGCACUGAUGAUCCCCCGAGCCCCACAGAUGCUGAUGACAUGGGGGACAUCGAUGAUGGCGAGGUGUAUGCAGCGAUGAGUGUAGGGCCUGAUGCAGUGCCUCAGCGCCGGUCGCGACUGCGCCUACGGCAGCUAGACGAAGACGAGGGAGAGGCUGCGGGCAAGUUGGUGGAGCGGCUAGCAGCGAAGCUAGCUGCCAAGAUAACGGAUGCUGAUGACUGGGAGGAGGCGGAGGGCUACAUCACAGCCCUCCCGUAUGCGCUGUACGAUCAACUGCAGCCUUACUCCCAGACACAGCACCCCGCCCAACCUCACUCCCAGCGCCCGCAGCUGCACCAUCCAGACGUGCAUCCUGCCAGGCGACCGGAGCCACACCAAGGUCCAACGCAGGCCGUGACGCCAGACGGUCAGCGCCAAGGUGGCAGCCGUUCACGUCGUCGCCGUGGUCACUCCGGUGGUGGCAUGGGGCGCCGGCGCACACGUCCGCCCCGUGUGACACGUCAUCACCGUGAGCACCGGCUUGACGAGGCUCUGGAUGCCAUGCAUGCUGUCCAGCGUAGCGAGCCGGGCAACCGCAAGGUUGUGGUCAAGGCACGUCGUCGUGUGGGGAGGAUCACCUCCUCCAUUUCGCAGCAACGCCUCCGCCACCUCUUCGAGACUUCGGAGAAGGUGUGUGUUGAGAGCAUCCUGGCGACGGCUCGGUCCAAGCGCGAGGCAGAUGAGGUUGCGGCUACGCCAGCCAGCACCUCUGCGCCUCCGCUGGACUGUGUGGACGUGGAGGAAGGCACCUGCCCUAUUCCAGGGGAGAGCCUGCACCGGUUCUUUACCGAGGUGAACACCCCGGUGGGUGCCUUCGACCCUAUGGCGCCAGUCGGAGCCUCGUUCCGCGCGGCCAUGGACCGCCUGCCUCCAGCGACAGUUGACAUGGCGCUGCUCACGGAUGGGCCGUCUUCGCAUGAGAUCGAGGACCAAGUGCAGCGUGCGCGUGGCAGUUCCAGCCCUGGCUUGGACGGUGUCGGCUAUGACAUCUUCAAGAUGUUCACGGCCCAGCUUCUGCCCGCCCUGCAUGCGGCGUUCGCGCGCUGCUGGCAGUCCAAGCGUGUGCCGCAGAGCUGGAAGGUUGGCGUGGUGCGCCUGCUGCACAAGAAGGGCGAUCGGCUCGACCCAUCCAAUUGGCGGCCGAUCUGCUUGCAGCAGGCCAUCUACAAGUUGUACGCCGGCGUCUUGUCGCGUCGCUUUACGCGCUGGCUCGACGUCAACGGUCGCCAUGCCGACGCGCAGAAGGGCUUUCGAGCCAUGAACGGCUGCGGGGAACACAACUUCCUCGCAGCCAUGCUCGUCGACCAAGCCCGCCGCAAGCAUCAAGAGUUGCAUGUCGUGUGGUACGACUUUGCCAACGCUUUUGGUAGCGUGCCACACGACUUGCUAUGGGAAGCGCUACAACGGCAGGGUGUUCCGCCCGAGUUUGUCGCUUGUUGCCGUGGUCUCUACGCAGACGCAGCGUUUACAAUUGGUAACGCUGUGGAUGGGACCACGGCACCGAUCGCGUUGAAGGUGGGGGUGUUUCAAGGCUGCCCACUCAGCCCCCAUCUCUUCACCGCCGCGAUCGCCCCGCUGCUUCACGCGCUCAAGUCGCUGCCGGACACUGGAGUGAAGCUGUCAAGCGAAGACCGUCCCGGUGCUGCUGCUUACGCAGACGACUUGAAGACAUUCAGCAGCACCGUGGACGGUAUCCAGCGUCAACACUCGGUGGUGCACGACUUCCUACGCUGGACUGGCAUGAAAGCUAACUCGCUGAAGUGCAGCACCAUGUCAGUCCAGCGAGAUGUGCGUGGUCUCCACCAGACCAGCGACCUCGGGCUGCAGCUGAACGGCACCCCGAUCCCCGCGCUCAGCGCCUCCGACUCUUACCAGUACUUGGGGAUCGGGGAUGGCUUCGACCAUGUGCGCCGUCGCGUCGAGCUGGGCCCAGCUAUCGCCCAGCUCAAGCAUGAUGCGACGGCACUGCUGCAGUCCGGGCUGGCGCCGUGGCAGGUGGUCAAGGCGGUCAAGGUGUACUUUACCCGCGCGUCGAGUACGCCCUCCGGCACUUGCGACCGUUCGCACAGCAGCUGGAGGGCUUCGAUCGCCACCUUGUUCACGGCCUCCGCCACCUGCUGCGGCUGCCGACUAGCGCUACGACAGCGUUUCUUUACGCUCCUGUUUCUCGUGGAGGUUUAG